UCCACUAAACAAGAUGAAUUUCAAGAUACUUUUGGCUUUGUGCCUCACGGCUCUGUUGGUUGUUGGGGUGCCCGGUGCCACGACUCCUUCAUCUUCGUCAGACACGUCUUCAAGUUCCAGUUCAACUUCAACUCCAAGCUCAAGUUCCAGUUCAACAUCAACCCCAAGUUCAAGUUCUUCUUCGACUCCAAGCUCAAGCUCAAGCUCAACCCCAUCGUCUUCCUCAUCCUCAACUCCUUCGUCUUCCACGUCUACACCGUCUUCAUCCUCGACGCCCUCCAGCUCCAGUACAACGUCUUCUGAUUCCACACCCGCCUCCACAUCCUCCACUCCUUCCUCCUCCUCGACCUCCUCCGACACGUCCUCUUCGUCCUCUACUGCCGCCGAGAAACGCAAGGAGCGCCGUAAGGAACGUAGGGAACGCAAGGAACGCCAGGAACGUAAGGAGCGUAGGCAGGAGCGCAGGGAGGAGCGCCGCGAAAGACGUCAGGGUAACAGGAGGCGCGAAAGGAGAUCCAACAACCGAAGGAACCGCCGCGGUUAA